GACAAACAACUCCAUCUCUCCCGCGGCGUCAUUAUUUCCAAUCAAACGCUGGUGCUGCAAGGCAUCUCGAAAAUUUCGCAUGGUCAAUAUUUCUGUCGUGCCACCAACUUACAGGGCAGUGUGUCCAGCAAUGAAGUGUACCUCGAUGUUAAAUACCCGCCCGUAUGCCAAGCUGAGUCGACCACCAUACGCGCCGCACUCAAACAGACCAUCAAUAUUACGUGCCAAGUGGACUCGAAUCCACUUGAUAAUCUAAAUUACAGAUGGCAUUUCAACAACUCACUGGAGAGGCUCAUCGAAUUGCCCGCAGCGCAGGCGACAGCACCGGCCACUAUGCCGCUACUGCUGUAUCCGGAUAGCGCAGCUGCUGCGGCUGUAGCUGCUGGAGGUCACACAUCCGCCGGAUUUUAUCAGCGAGGCAAGCGGAAGCAUGGUCAUGCACAAAAAUUUCUGCUUGGUCGGCAUGGACGUGUUGCGGCUGCCAGCAGCGUUUUGGACGGCCGAUGGUCGUCCAACAUACGCUUCGAAGAUGCCGACGAACCAAUACCGCCCACUCAAUAUGUCGAUGAGUAUGAUGAUGGCGAGUUGAUGGAAAACAACGACAGCGAGAACGAUGAGGAUGAACGCGACUUAGUAGAGCAGGAGGAGGAACAGUUGUUGUAUGAAGAACAGCAUGCAGCGCAUGGACCGCACACACAAAUGGUAUAUUCAAAUAUGAUUCAUAAAAAUCAUUUAGAUAACCGGCAACAACAACAACAACAACAACAGCAUAUGUUAGCGCAUCAAUAUCAGCAACAAGGCCGCAUGGCCGGUGGCGGUAUUGUGGCAGGCGCUGCCCAUGAAGUGCUCCCGCAUGGCAAUCAAUUUCAAUUGGCCGAGCGCAAACGGCUAACGGCAGCGCAGCAUAAGAAACAACACCACCGCCUAAUGGGCGCAGGGGCAAUGACUACACAGCCGCCAACGGCGCCACCACUCAAUAACGUCUACAGCUAUCACAUAGAUUCGUACGACAGCUUUGGCGCAAUCUCGUGCAUGGCCAGCAAUGAGAUGGGGCACAGUGAGCCCUGCUGGUAUCACAUACAGCCGGCAGACUUCCCCGAACCAGUGAAGAAUUGCACGGCCUACAACGCCACCGCCAACUCCAUACAAAUCCAGUGCAUGCCCGGCUACGAUGGCGGCAUACCGCAGCACUUUCACGUGCAAGUCAAGGACGAGCUCACCAACCAAAUACUCUACAACACCUCUUACAAGUAUGCCGAUUUCACAGUGAAGCGACUACCCAGCGAUUCGGUCUUCGUGAUACGCAUCACGGCGGUGAAUGCGCAGGGUCCCAGUAAAUCGGCGUAUCGAGUACGUGAACGCACACUAUCGGCGCCACUAUUGCGCACAGCUUCCUCUACAGCGGUACUGGUACAACUUACACCACUGCUCGGCGCACUGCUGGGCAUUUUCGGUACGGUAGUGCUGAUAGCCAUCUGCAUAGUAAUCUUUCUGCGUGUACGUCCGAAAACAACGCGUCGUCCGAAUAGUGAUACCACUACAACGGAUGCGGAUAAGGGCAGCGCCGAACCGCUGUCGCGCAAUUUGGGCAGUCAUUCGAGUUUGGAGGAUAAAAAUCCGGAUGUAGUACCUCAAGAGGCGAAUAGUGAGGACGAAUUUCAUUUGGAGGAGAAGGCAUUCGAUCGCUUGAAUAUGGAAUCGCAUCGCAUACUCUACACGCCACCGACGCGCAUUAGUACGGCAUCGCCGCCACCGCCGUCACUGUCGCCCGCGUUUGGCAAGCAGGUGAGUGGAAAGCAAAAAAACUUUUUUUUUUACAUAA